UGUACGACGCGUCGCGCGAUCGCAAGCCAGUCACACGUGCCACUUAUCGCGGUGAAGACGGACGCCGCGUAACGAACACGGCAAUAAUAAAUAAUUAUACGUAUUACAUAUUUUUUUAUCGAACCACCGAGAAUUGUCUCAAAACACAUAUACGCACAUACGUGACGAUUAAAAUUACGAUACAUCGUGCUUGUACGCAGUAUAUAACAUCUGUUGAUAUUUACAUUGCUGCAGGAUUCGCAAAAGCGUCUCUCGAACGGAGUAAAAAAAGAAAAAAAAAUUCGUCGAUAAAAGAUAUAGGUACCUUUGAUAUUUAAGAUUUCUAGCAAUCUGCAAUAGUAAUACUCGCGCACCUACGUAUUCAUUAAUCAUUAUGUGUAUAAUUUACUAUUAACGAUUUGAUCACGAUGAUUAAUAAUAACAAUACAAUAGCGACUUAUUUACAUAAUAUUGUACAGUGCGUAGUAAUACAAUACAAUACAUAUACGAUCGAGUGACGUUUUAUCGCAAUGUUAAAUUCUAUAUAAUAUAUUAUAAUAAUAUACAUGAUACAAACAUCGUAAUACUCGUAAUCGGAAUCAGCUUCCGAACUGGCGAUUGUUUAUCGCAAACGCAUCGAUCGACAUGUGUACACGCACCACCGGACCAGGCGUAUCAGUUGCGUUCGAUAGGUCGUUCAGGUAGCAAUAACCGCCGCGGGCUCGUCAUGCCACCGCCGCUGUCGCCACCAUCGUCUUACGAUAUCAUGUAAUACAUUAUAUAUCGGCACGACGUCCGAGAAUCCAUAUAACCGUCGCAAUCUUGCAAUAUUCACCUACACACCGGAAAUGGCCAACGAAACGAUGGUGAGCUGCAGGGAACCGGAGGCCGGAGAUUCCAAAUCCGAGCCGGACGAAUCGUCGUACAUGCUCAGGGACAAAAGAUCGUCGCCAUCAUCAACCAUCCGCGGUCAACAUCAUCAACACCCAGAGCACGAACAUCAACACCGAACGUUCGACGACAGCUGGGCCUGGUACGUGGUGGGUGGUUGCGCAUUCGCCAACUUCCUGUUGCCCGGCAUGUUGAGAUCCUUCGGGCCGGAUGUUCUGGACGGGUUCGUCGAGGUCCACAAGCUCGAGUUUGAAAACCGGUCCGUCGUCGGUUGCCGAUGGAUACCGGCUACGUUCCACCUAACGUUUUUCAUAGCGGGUUCGCUGUCCUGCCUACUGUGCAAACUGAUUUCGCACCGAGCCGUAACGUUCUGGGGCGGACUAUUAGCUUCCGCCGGUAUGUUGUCCAGUUCAUUUGCCAACUCCAUAUCGCACCUGUACAUUAGCUAUGGCGUAAUGGUGGGCUUUGGUGCGGGUUUGUGUUAUUCGGCUGGAAUACUGAUUGUCAAUGAAUAUUUCGACAAGCACCGAGGACUCGCCAACGGGUUGUCGCUAGCAGGCACCGCGAUCGGCGCUCUGGCCAUGCCACCGUACCUUGAGUUCUUGACCUUUUCUUACGGCUACAGGGGCGGUAUUCUGAUCGUUUCCGGAAUGAUGUUGAACACUCUGGCGUGCUCGUUGACUUACAAACCAGCGGUCACGGACGGCGGAGCAAUUGAACAGGACGAGACGACCUACUCGGGGCCAAGUGUUUCGUCGUCACCCACGACGUCGAUCAACGCGAGAGCGGUCACGACGACGGCGUUCAGGGCGGCCACGGACCUGUACUACGCCGCAGUGGUGUCGUCGCCGUCCCCGCCGCUGUUAAAACCCAAAACGACGGCGGCGGAGGCGACCACGACGGACGACGAAGAAGACGACGACGACGACAGCAGUACCAACCCGAAAAACAUCCGUUGGCGACGGCCGAGGUUGAGCAGGCCGGCCGCCGAGUUUCUGGCCGUGUCGGCCGUCCACGCCAUCGGCCACUUGGCGUACGCCACCGCCGCCCCCGCGCGCGGCGCCGCCCUGCACCUGGCCGCGGCCGAGGCGGCCGGUCGCCUCAUCGCGCCCGCCACUUCGGACGUGCUGUCUCCCGGCGGCGGCUCGGCGGCGUCCGUCUAUCUGUACGCCGCGGCCGUGGCCGUCGGCGGCACUGUCCUGCUGACCGGCGCCGCCGCCGCCGCCGCCGAAUCGAACGUCGACCCGUUCCUGCAGUGGUCGCGGCCGGCGGCCCAAUGGUCGGGGUCGCUGGUCGUGGCCUUCGGGCUGGCGUUCGGCGCGGCCGUCGGGCUAGAACCGCUGGUCGCCGUCCACGUGCUGGGCCGCCGAUGGCUGGCCGCCUCCUGUUCCGCCACGCUACUCGGCAAGGGCGCCGCCCAGCUGGCCGUCGACCUGUUCCUGCAGCGGCCGCCGCCGUCCGCCGGCCGGUCGACGCCCGUAACGAUCUCGCCGUACGCGCUGUACGCGCUCGGCUCCUGUCUGGUGGCCACCGCCGCCGCUUGGACGGCCGCGUUCCUCGUCAAGCGUCACUACGCCGCCAAGACCGGGUGCAGCCGUUACGUGAGAACCGCGUGACUACGACGGCAACAACCGCCACCGUCGUCGUACCAUGUCGUAUAUAAUAAUAUAGGUAUGACGUACGCGAACGGUACCAACUACGGUCGUGGUAUGCUGUAGGGCGGCUGUUUUGAACCGAAAUUUCACGUUAAAUUCGCGAGAGAUCGUCAACACCUACCGUCCUUGCGCUCCGAACAGAUAACGACAUUUUUAAAAGCUUUACUCUCGUAAAAGCAACAUUUGUAUACAAUAUGUAAGUACCCACCUGAUAUCAUAUUAUACAAGAUGACGAGAAAAUAGAACACGAACGAUGGUCCAAGUCCCAACGCCAGAUUAUAAUUAGCAGAUAUAAUAUUCAACCGUAAAAUCUACGUGUUUGCGUUCUUUCAAAGAAUCUGUGAUUUGUUUCCUUAAUUUCUUCUUUUUUUUUUUUCACUUUUCUAAUACGCUGUAAUUUGCAUCAACGAUUAUUGUUGCAGCGUGAUGACGUAUAAUUGUAAGUUGAUUAGGUACCUACCUACAUGAUUUCCAGUAAAAUAUUCAGAAGUCGUGAUUGUCACGCAAAAUAAUCAUGAAUUUUACCAGGAUUUACGUGUAAACUGUAGACAAUUUUAUAUUCCAAUGUUUUGGGCCUGGAAAAUUAUUGUAAAAAAUUUUAUAAGGAAAUGUAGGUAUUAAUGAUUUAAUUUUCUUUUUUAGUAUGUCGCCCCACAUAUGAUGGUUUCGUAAUUAUAAAAUAUUGAAAUGCAAUUAAAAUAUAUGUAUGCAUUUUUCACUGUCCGCUGUACGGACUACUCAAAACAUCCUAAAAAUCCAAACAAAACUAUAGGUUUUUUUUUUCCUAUUAAUUACUAAUAAUAAAUCAUAUAUACAUUAAGAUCAGAAUGUUCACUUUCUAGUCUGUUACCAGUAGGUACCUACACUAUGUAAAAAAUUACAUAUUAUUUCUGUUUGCGAUAAAUGGAUAUACUAUAAAAUAUUAAAAAAAUAAAAAACCAUAAAAUAUUGUGUAAUUUAAACGUUUUAAACUAUAUAUUUCAAAAUAACCUAUAGAACUGUGUGUAAUUGACCACAAUUUUCGAUGAGCAGAGGACUUAACUCCUGUUAAAAAUUCGCAGAUAUGUUCAGCAUUUUUCAAUUUCCCUUACUAUAGCAAAUUUACGUUAUUGCAAUUUUAUAUAAUUAUUUUCAACUCUGUACAAUUAUUUCAAUUUUUUAUUUUUUAUAAUUUGUUCUAUUAAUUAACACUAAAUUAAUUGUGUUUGUGUGUACCUGAACAUACCUAAUAUAUAUAUAUGAUCAUAAGAUGUAUGAACCAGGAAUGGCCAAGUUUUACAAAUUACUUACAUUCAUUUGAAACUUAAUAUUAAUAUGUUUGACAGACAAAAAUAAAAUAUAAUAUAAGAAUAGAUAUUAUUAAAUUAAUUUAACUAUGAAUUAAUAAAAUACCUAUUUAUCUAUUAUUUAAUAAGAAAAAAUUAAAAUCACGUAAUUUGUUACUAUUUCUUUUGCAUAAUAAAAGUAUAUUAUCAAUAGUAUAGGUAUAGAAUGAGACAAGAAAGUGUGAUCCAUCAGUUGGCUAUUCUUGGCUUAUACAAUUAAUUGUUAAAAGUGUAUACAUAAUUAAUGGUAAAAUAUUGUGUUGUACAUUUAAUACUUGUACAAUUAACCAAGUACUGAUUUUUUUUUCACUUUUGUAUUUAUGUAAAUAUAUAAUUUUAUUUAAUGCCUACAAAUAAAAUAUGUUAAUUAUAUUAUAAAUAUAAUUAUACAAAAUGCAUUCUUAUGAAAAA